UUAAGGCUGGUGGACAGUGACAGCAGGAGAUGUGGCAGCUAUCUCUGAGGUGUCUGGCCAGGAAAGAUUCACCUGUCACCCCUAUAUUUGGUGAGAGAGAGAGAGAUGAGGAGUCUGAGUGGUGCUAGCAGAGAGGCAGAGUGCUGUACCCAGAGGCUCUGAGAUGAAAAGUGGCAGAGUCAGGCUACAACACAAUACUGAGUAACAGGCCUGAACUGAGAAAGACGAAUCGUUUCUCAGCAGCAUGUUGCUCUUCAUUGCUUUUCCUAACCGCUGCUAGGAUCAUUUUGGCUGUGCUAGCAGUUUAGAGUCACUGAUUGAACCAGCACUUUUCACUUCAAAACUGCAUUAGAAGAUGAAAAACUGACAACAAAGGUCUGGGUUUAAGAACUCACCACUGACUACAAUAAAUAGUCAAUGACUUUGAAAUAUCUUUCAACUCAAUUAUGAAAGGAUUAUCAAGCAGCCGUAGCCAUCAUCAUGGGGUUGUCUGCGAUUCAGUAUGUGAACCAAUGCCUCACCAUACAGAUAGAAAGCCAUAUUUGAUGAAUCCAGUAGAUCCUCAUCCUGCGGAUCACCCUUACUAUGCUCAAAGGAACUCCUACCCAGUAGAAUGCAUGAUGCCCUAUGGGGAUCAGAUUGCCAGCAGUACCUUUCCAAGGAGACAUUACAGUUCCCACCAUGAUCUUAAAGAUGAGUGUGCAUUAGUGCCCCAUGGCACAGUUGGAAAAAGUAGCCGACCCCCUGCCAACAUCUUGGACCAGUUUGAAAGACAAAUACCUAUCAAUCGGGAUGGUUAUCACACCUUGCAAUACAAAAGGAGCGCUGUAGAGCACCGCAGUGACAGUCCCGGUAGGAUACGUCAUUUAGUCCACUCUGUUCAGAAACUCUUCACAAAAUCCCAUUCUCUUGAGGGCCCAAUGAAAGGAAAUACCAAUGGAAACAAAGCCAGUCCAGAUGAAAUGCAAACUGUGAGGUAUGGCAAGCGCAGUAAAAGCAAAGAGAGGAGGGCUGAAAUUAAAGCUAGAGCUAACAUUGCAGGCUGGUGGGGCUCACAAGAUAACUUGGACAAUGAUGUCUGCAUCUACCAUGGUCCCACUGCUGUCAUGACUAUGGGGAGGUGUCCAGACCGCUCCGCCUCUCAGUACUUUAUGGAAGCUUACAAUUCCCUUAGUGAACAUGCAUUAAAGUCAUCAAGAAGCAAUAAUGAUGUGAAAUGCAACACUUGUACAAAUUUACCUGUGAGUUUACCUGUAAAUUUGGACAGCCAAAUGUUAAAGAAAAGCUCUUGGGCAUCUGCACUGACCGUAAGCAGGGCACGGGAAGUUUACCAGAAACCUACUAUGAACAUGGACCACGCACUGGGGAAGUCUGACUCAUGUCAGCAAGAGCGGCCAUGUCAGUACCUGCAGGUGCCUCAAGAUGAAUGGAGCGGAUAUACCCCUAAGAGCAAAGAUGAGAUUCCAUGUCGACGAAUGCGCAGUGGCAGCUACAUCAAAGCUAUGGGUGAUGAUGACAGUGGAGACUCUGACACAAACAGCCCUAAGCCAUCUCCAAAGAUUGCGGCACGAAGAGAGAGCUAUCUUAAGGCUACGCAGCCAUCACUCACAGAACUCACUACUCUCAAAAUUUCAAAUGAACACUCUCCAAAGCUUCAAAUUCGGAGCCACAGUUACUUGAGAGCAGUAAGUGAAGUUUCCAUCAAUAGGAGCAUGGACACCCUGGACCCAUCUGCCCUCCUUACAUCUCCUAAAUUCCGAUCUAGGAAUGAGAGCUACAUGAGAGCCAUGAGCACAAUCAGUCAGGUUAGUGAAAUGGAAGUCAAUGGCCAGUUUGAAUCAGUCUGUGAAUCUGUAUUUAGUGAAUUGGAAUCACAAGCAGUGGAUGCCCUGGAUCUUCCAAUGCCAGGCUGUUUUCGAAUGAGAAGCCACAGUUACGUUAGAGCAAUUGAGAAAGGAUGUUCUCAAGAUGACGACAGUGUUUUGCUUAGACCAUCAUCACCUCCACGCACACCUACUACAGUGAGGACAAUCCAGAGCAGCACCGUAUCUUCAUGUAUUACCACAUAUAAGAAGACACCUCCUCCGGUACCACCCAGGACAACCACAAAACCUUUCAUCUCUAUCACAGCUCAGAGUAGCACAGAAUCUGCCCAAGAUGCCUACAUGGAUGGACAUGGACAAAGGGGGGAUAUAAUUAGUCAGUCAGGGCUCAGUAACUCCACGGAGAGCCUGGACAGUAUGAAAGCACUUACUGCCGCUAUUGAAGCUGCCAACGCUCAGAUCCAUGGCCCAGCUAGCCAGCACAUGGAGAACGCCAUGUCCAUCAACUCCAACUCAACCGUUUCCACCAUCACUGCCGAAGACAGGAAAAAGCAUCAGUUCAGGAAAAACCUAUCAAUUGGAAUACAGGUUGAUGGGCCAGAAGAAGCUGCUAACGCAGAGCUGAGAGAGGCGGCCUACCGGUAUCAGUCAGUAGGAAUCCAAGUAGAAGAAGAAAGAGCGUUGCGUAGACUGACCCGAUCAAACAGUGUUACAGCUGCUGUGCAGGCAGACUUGGACCUCAGGGAGCAUUUUGAAUGUCCAGUGGACCUGGCUGAACAGGAAUUUCAAUAUAGUCGGCCACUGACCAAACAGUAUUCUCGAGAUGCUUGUACCUCCACAGUCAGCAUCCAGGGCUCAGGCAAUCAUUAUCAUGCCUGCGCAGUGGAGGAGGACUUUGAUGCUGAUUUCGAUCCUUCCAUACUACCUCCCCCGGACCCUUGGAUUGACUCCAUUACGGAAGAUCCAAUGGAAGCAGUUCACAGGUCGGUUUGUCAUAGAGAUGGACAUUGGUUUUUAAAGCUUCUUCAAGCAGAGAAAGACCGAAUGGAGGGUUGGUGCCAGCAAAUGGAAAGCGAAGAACAGGAGAAUGACUUGCCUGAUCCCAUCUUAGAGAAGAUUCGCAGUGCGGUUGGCUGUGCCCAGCUCCUGAUGUCACAGAAAUUCUACCAGUUCAGAGAACUGUGUGAGGAAAACCUGAAUCCUAAUGCUCACCCCAGGCCUACUUCUCAGGAUUUAGCUGGGUUCUGGGACAUGCUACAACUGUCCAUAGAAAACAUUAGUAUGAAAUUUGAUGAACUCCAUCAGCUAAAGGCCAAUAACUGGAAACAGAUGGACCCUAUUGAUAAAAAGGAGAGAAGGGUCCCUCCUCCCGUGCCAAAGAAGCCAUCGAAAGGUCAGGCCCCACUGGUCCGGGACAGAUCUCUGGAAAGCACAGAGAGACAGCGGCAUGAGGCCCGGAAGCGGCUGGUAUCUGCAAAGCGUGCUGCGUCUGUCCGACAGAAUUCAGCUACCGAGAGUGCGGAUAGUAUUGAGAUCUACAUCCCGGAGGCUCAAACCAGGCUAUGAAGCCAUCACAAGCAACACUGGAGGGAUAUUAUAUAUAUCUAUAUAUAUUUAUGACACAAAGUUACAUAUAUAAUAUAUCCUCUAGUUUGGUUUGGAAAACACAAUCAUCUGUAUAUGUCUUUUGUAUUUUUCAUCUCUUCCUAUGCUCAUUCUUUUACUCCAGUCAUUACUAUCCCACUGUCAUGAAGUCCCUCCCUCACACUGUGGUGUAAGCAGUCAGCUCUCUGAGGCUGGGACCGUGAUUCCAUCCCCCCCUCCCCCUCCAUUAUUUAAUCCUCACUCAUUUUACCUUGAUGAUUUAUAGACACAAAUCAGUGCUGCCUCUACUGCACAUGUUCAAUUGAACCUUAGGUUAUAUACAUAAGAUAAAUGAAGUAUUACUUUUCUGUAUAAAACUUCUUAUUGUGCCCCAUAUUAUUUACCUUUUGUCUAGAGCUACAGUAGUCUGUAAUCUAGUGUACAGCAAUAGAAAAUUGUAGGGUAUACAGUACUGUGGACUCUGAUGUCUUCCUAUUCUAAAUGUGAAAAAGCAUGGGCUCAAAUUCCCAACUUCUUUUCUAUGUAGAGCAGAUGGAGCACUUUAUUGUAGGCCACAGACGCACCUCUCCCCAAAGGCAACAGGUGACAGAGGAGAACAGCUCUACUACUAAGAGAGUAGCAGGAAAUGCAGUUAACAGAUCUGUGCACACACCUACCUUUAUGAUACACUAUAACAUACCCUGUAUAACCAGGCUGCACUUAAAAAGAGAUUAUUUAUCAUAGUGUAAAUAAUUCAGACAUAUUUCCUUUGUUAAUAAAUAAGGUUAUAUUUUUAUCUCCCAUUUGAAAACAUCUUGUAUUAAAGCCAAUAAAAAGAGUUUGUAUUUGGAAGUCAAUCAAAUGCACCAGAUAAUUGUGACAGAAUCUUGACAUUGUAUGUGAGCAGGGUCGCUGAGAGGAGCAUGGUGGGCCUACCGACAAAUCUGGUGCGGCACUUGCAGUAUAGGUGGUGUGGGACUUCACAGACCAACAAGAAGUUAUUGGGCCAAAUAGUCUCAUUUGGAAGACACUCUGAGAAAACAUGCUCACACCUUGCCAAAAUGGAAAGCAAUGCUAAAACACAUCUCUUUCAUUGGGAUCAUUAAUCUCAGAGCCUGCAUGGGCCAUUCUACUGUUCUGCAGGGCUCUGUGAAGAAGCGAAGUGCGCAGGAACUACAUCAAUGAUCCCAAGGCCCUCUGCAGUUUCCUUGCACUGCAUUACAUAUUGAACACUGUGUAAAACAUUCUCUCAAAACGCUUGCCUUAACAAACCUUGAGGUGAGGUAUUUUUGUCAUGCUGCAAGUGACAACAGAGAUAAACCUGGAUGGGUGUUUCCACCUGUCACAUAUCAACCAUCUCAUGGUCUUUAGAUUUUAGUUUUUGCCAAACACUAUGAAAGUAAACUACAAAACAUAGAGUCAUUCUCCUGUGUUAGGCCGCUUGGAGAUAGACUGUAACUGCUUGUCUUUCUUACAUUUUUGUACAUAUGUUGAUAAAUGCCUGUGACAAGAGUAGUAUGUUAAUGCACAAUCAUUUCCAAUGAUGCACUUUACCUUACAUGGACAGUAACCAGGAGCUAAGGAGAAUGACAUGAUAUACAUCAUCGUAGGGUGCAUUUAACAUACUAGAAUACAUUAACUGAAACUUUAUAUAUAUAUAUAUAUAUAUAUAUAUAUAUAAGCGCACGUUUAUUGGUCACUUUAUUAGUUACACCUUUAUGUAUCUGGUUCACCUAUUUAGUACCUGUCUAGGACCAUCCUUUGCCCAAAGAGUUCUUCACGUCAUGGGUUCAGAAAGAUGUUGGAAACAUUCCUUAGAAAUUUGGGUCCAUGUUGGCAAGAGAGCAUCAUGCAGCUGCUGCAGAUUUGUUGCUUGCACAUUCAUACUGUGAAUCUCCUGUUACAUCACUCCCAGAAGUGCUUUAUUGGAUUGAUACGAAAACUGUGGCAGACAUUGGAGUAUACUGAACUCAUUGUCAUGUUCAUGGUACCAGUUUGAGUUGACAUAUGCCUAGUGGUCUGGUGCACUCUCCCGCUGGAUAUAGCCAUUGAAAGAUAGGUAAACUGUGGCCAUAAAGGCACAUGGUCAGCAACAAUACUCAGGAUCGCUGUGGCAAUUGAAAGUUAUUCAGUAGGUAUUAAGGGGCCUUAUGUAUGGCGAGAAAAGAUUCCCUGCACAAUUAUUCCUUCACCAUCAGUCUGAACCAUUGACACAAGGAUGGAUCUAUGGAUUCAUGUUGUUUAUGAUAAAAAUUCUGAUCUUACCAUGCAGCAGAAAUCAAGAUAUGUCAGACCAGAUUCAGUUUUUCCAGUAUUCAACUGUCUAGUUGACCCCAUGCUCAUUGUAGCCUCAGUUUCCUGUUCUUAUCUGAGCCCAGUGUGGUCUUCUGCUGUUGUAGUCCAUCCACUUCAAGACACAAGUUACUGUGUGUUCGGAGUUGCUAUUCUGCAUAUAACAUAUGGUUAUGUCAGUUACCAUCAUCUUCCUUGCAGCUAGAACCAGUCUGGCCAUCUAACCACUCUACUGUGAUCGCUCUUUUAAACAAAGUAUUUCACCCAUAAAACUGCCACUCACUGAAUUUUUAUACUCUUGAGACUGUUCUUCAUGAAAAUCCCAGGAGCUCAGUACGUUCUAAGAUACUCAGACUACUUUGCUUGGGACCAACAAUCAUUCCACAGUCAAAGUCCCUUACGUCAUAUUUUUUUCCCCAAUAUGAGGUUUGAUCUGUACAACAGCUGAUCCUCUUGACCAUGUCUGCAUGCAUUCAUGCAUUAAGCUUCUGCCACAAGACUGGCUGAUUAGAUAUAUUCAUGAAUGAUCAGGUGUAUGGGGUGUACCUACUAAAGUGGCCACUGAGUGCAUAGAUACUAUUUAUUGUCAUAUUCUCAUCAUACAGAAUACAUGAUAUGAUUGCAUCCCUCUCAUUAACUUGAGAUUGGCAAACAUGACAUGAUUCAGUUUAAACCACUAUGUCUUAGAAAGAAUGUUCAGUAUUCCAAUAGAAAGAAGAGACAAAAAGCUUUUAGAUAAGUGCACUGUUAUGACACUAAAACUGCACAUAGAUCUUUAUGUAUCACCUACUCUACACUUCUCAAGUCAGUUAUAGAUUUAGGAUAUACAGUAUAUUAACAAGUUUGGCGCUACCAUGGGUGAACAUAGGCAGAUACUAGUGGAGCCAAGAUAUAGGGAGAGCUUAAUACACUGAAAAUUGCAUGGGGAUAUCCUAUUAUCUGCGGUAAUUUGCAGUAUGAAAAGACCGUCUUUUAUCACAAUAAAAACCUGAUGGUCGGGCUAUCCAAUUAGAGCCUGUUUGUCUUGAGUGACAAAUUACCCUGUAAACACAGGGCCCUCAAAAAGCCACGGAUGUUCUUUUAUGGCGUUAUCUAGAAAAAUAAAAUUUGAUCACUUAUUGGGGAUUUGGUUUGCCCGAUAAGCACUGGCAUCGGGUAUAAUAAGAUAGCUCUGGGUGAGUCAAUUAGCUGUGGUAAAUUAUCAUGGCUAAUUGGAUACUGUUCAAUGUCACCAAUUUUUCCAAUGUACCUGUUGAACCACCAUAUGGGAUGCUGGUUGCUGACAUGGAGGUGCAACAAGGGAGUACAACAUUACCCGCGAUAUGCAUGGCAGAAAGGGGGAAGUUGAGAAUUUUUUUCAAUUUGGAAUUAUCUACAAAGUUGGACUUUCUACCUUAACCAGUUCCUGCAGCCUUUUCUAUGGGUAAAGCUACAAAAGUUACACAGGACAAGGAUCAUUAAUUCAUUUAUAUGUGAAUAUUUUAACAUGGAGUCAUAUCUAAAUAGUCAGACAGUAAAAUAAAGCUAUUAGGUUAUACUGAAAAACACCUAAGAAUAUGAACCCAACAAAUGCAUGUACAUUUUUAUGCAGUUUUUUACAGUGAAAUCUGAGUAUUACUGUAUGAAAAAUAAAAGGUGCUGCAUUCUGCACUAUUAAAAAUAAAACUGAUUUUAUUUGUAAAAUGACUUAUUGCAUUUCGGCUUGAUUUGCAGUGUCACACUUACAACGGCAGCACUGAAUACUCUUUUGGAAAACUUAAUUAAUGAGACAUUCCCAGUGGCACUAAACCAUGUGUGGCUUUUCCCUCAUGGAAUGGCAAAAAACAUAAUAGCUUUUUACCAGUUACUUUACACGUUCAUGAAGGUCAAGAUGCCUAAACUGCUGACUGGUCAGUGGCAUGUAAGAGAUAUUCUUUAGUGUUUUCUCUCAGGUAAUCAUUUGCAUGUAUCUUUUUAAAGAGAAAAAAAAAAGAACAUGUAUUGGUUGUGGAUAUACAUAGUACUGGCAGGCAUUAUACUGUAUGUCUGGACUAAUAUUCAUGCAGUCUGUCAUGUCACUAGGAGUUACUAAUAUCACUAAGGCCUGCAUACAGGCAUAUGAGGAAAGGAGGCACAAAUCACCUUAGUGAUGUUACAUAGAAACAUAGACUAUGAUGCAGUGGCGGAACUAGCGAGCGGUGCCCCCCCCCCCCCCCCCCCCCUCAUCCCGUCCAAGUCCACCCCCUCACCCCUUGGAGAGGAUCUGGAGAGGGGGACCUGCUCAGGGCCAGAGAAAUGGAUACCUAGCAACAGUGCCGUAACUAGAUAUUUUAGCACCGUGUGCAAGAAAAAGCAUCGGAGCCCCACACCUGCAUGCAAAACAGGGGCAGUGCGCUCCGUAGGCGUGCGCAAAAAUACAUAGGGACGUGGCUUCAUGGGGAAGGGGUGUGGCCACAAAAUAAUACCAAUUCAUAAAACGGUGCACAGUAGUCUCCAUUAUUCAAAUUACGCCGCACAGUAGCACCACUACACCAGGUAGAGACCCUUUCAUACCUUACGGCGGACAGAUUCCCCUUUUUACACAUUACGGCAGACAGCGUCCCCCUUUUUACACAUAACGGCAGACAGCAUCCCCCUUUUUACACAUAACGGCAGACAGCGUCCCCUUUUUACACAUAACGGCAGACAGCAUCCCCCUUUUUACACAAUACGGCAGACAGCAUCCCCCUUUUUACACAAUACGGCAGACAGCAUCCCCCUUUUUACACAUAACGGCUGACAGCAUCCCCCUUUUUACACAUAACGGCAGACAGCGUCCCCUUUUUACACAUAACGGCAGACAGCGUCCCCUUUUUACACAUAACGACAGACAGCGUGCCCUUGUUACACAUAACGGCAGACAGCGUGCCUUUUUACACAUUACGGCAGACAGCAUCCCCCUUUUUACACAUAACGGCAGACAGCGUCCCCUUUUUACACAUAAUGGCAGACAGCGUGCCCUUGUUACACAUAACGGCAGACAGCGUGCCUUUUUACACAUUACGGCAGACAGCGUGCCCUUGUUACACAUAACGGCAGACAGCGUGCCCUUGUUACACAUAACGGCAGACAGCGUGCCCUUGUUACACAUAACGGCAGACAGCGUGCCUUUUUACACAACGGCAGACAGCGUGCCUUUUUACACAUUACGGCAGACAGCGUGCCCUUGUUACACAUAACGGCAGACAGCGUGCCCUUGUUACACAUAACGGCAGACAGCGUGCCUUUUUACACAUUACGGCAGACAGCCCCCCCAGCCACAACACGUGCCCCCUGCAAAUAAUCGAUCGUAUAUUGAGGUGUCAUGAAAUAACCAACGUUUCAGGGCCAAGCUCUAGGACAAAUAGGCAGAUUUGAGCAUAAUGAACAUCUGUGCACAUGUGCAUAUUCUGGGUGUAUAACUGAACUAUACCAUAAUGCACAGACCUAUUUUACCCCCCCCCCCCCCCUUCCCACACACACACACACACACACACAAAAGUUAGCAACCACAGUGUACACUGCUGCUUAGAUGGAUUAAUUCACCUGCUUUUAUGGAUCUUAUUGGCAGGUCUAGGAAGCCCGUUGAAUCUUCUCUCCAGCACUAGGGAUCCUGCCUGGAAUGAUGACAUCCCCUCCCCACAGGCCUGCGAAUCGCGGGUAAAAUGCUGUGAGUGGGCGGAGCCUAAUGUCGUGAGUGGGCGGAGCUACGAUAGUGACCCGCGAUCAGAAAAAAAUCUUUUAACUUAAUCAGGGGGGGUUUCUGGGUACGCGUGCGCCAGUGAGAGGGACAGCAGCAGCGCCUCAACCUAUAACACAGCGCUGCUGCGGCUCCCUCCUCCACCUCCCUCCUCCUUCUUCCCCCCGUGUCCGCUGCCUGCGCUUCUCUCCUCUCCUGCCCGGGCGGCUGUGUGCUGCGGGCAGCGGUUCCCCGCAGCACACAGCGGCAUGUAACUCAUUACAUGCUUUGGGCCCCUGGACAGUGGCGGGCCCCAGUGCAACGCACUGGUUGCACUGGCGGUAGUUCCGCCUCUGCUAUGAUGGCAGAUAAGCACUACUUGGCCCAUUUAGUCUGCCCUUUAUACACACACACACACACACACACACACACACACACACACACACACACACACUAGGGUUAUUUAUUUUUUUAGGAGCCAAUUAACCUACCAAUAUUUUUAAAUUGUGAGAAAGGAAACAGAGUACCCGGAGGAAACCCAUGCAAGCACAGGAAUAAUAUAAAAACUCCACACAGUUAGGACCAUGGCCAUGACCUCAGAGCUGUGAGGCAGUAAUGCUAACCAUUACACCAUCCGUACUGCCCCCAAGUUACUAGUUCCAGGUGAAGUGGUAGUCUGCAGUCCCAAAAUGGCCGACUCAAAGGAUGACAAUAGAUGCAUAAGAUAUUAUUAGAGUUUACUGUGUAACCCUUUAAAAUUAAUGGAUGACUACAUUGUACUUGGUUUCAUCAAAGGUAAAUCUAUUUUUUGUAUAUACACAUAUAAAAUCUGAAAUAUCAAAAGGUAUAUUGUACUGAAUAAUUAGGAGCUAUUAUCCUUUCCCGCCAACUUACUUUGGCGAACUUGCAAGUUCUAUUUUUAUGAGUGAUAGUUUUAGUAGAAGUUUCAUUGUACAGAAGCUUGGCACUCACAUAUAGGGCUUUUAUUACGAAUAAAGCCGGUUUGAGCAGAAAAUUUAAAGCUGCACUCACAUUCAGAGUAAAGUACGCCAUGUUUUAACGUGAGUGCUGCUUUAAAUUUUCAGCUUCAAUCCACGUACAGGAAGCCGUCACUUUGUAAAUAAAGUCCCUAGUGAGGACUGUACUUCAUUUGUAUUUCCAUAGGAAGUAGGUCCUCUGUUUUAUAUCACCUUUGAUUUAUUAACGAUAUAGCCUCCUAAUUAUCGCUUGUUCUUGACUCAGAGAAACACACAGAUAGUAAUACUCUCUGCACCAAAAAGGUAGAUAAUGCUUUAUCCAUUCUCUAUUUUCCCUGUAUAUGUGCAGAGUAAUAAAGAGAAGAUAUUUGGUAUGCCAAAUUCCAUACACUAACAAGCAACAUGGCGUUAUCUUUAUCAGGAAUGCUAUUAAUGGGUACAAAUUACAAAUAUUACAUAAUUGGGUUACCUGAAUCAAGAUCUCUCCAACUACUAGAGUAGACCUUCAGGCUGUAUCAAUUGGCUUUACCCCCUACACUGCAAGUCACCACCGCAUUCACAGAUUCUCCAAAUUAUUUUGUGUAGGCAGUGCAAAAAGUUAGCUAUCCAACCACAGCACAUUACAGACUAUUGAAUAGACAAGCAUUUACUUAAUUACAAUCAUUACAAAACUUAGAAUGCUACAGAUAUUCCAAAAUAUUCCAAAAUGUCCAUAUUUUUGUUAUUUUUAUUUUUUAUUAGAACAAUGCCACCUUUAUACAUGAAUGGUUUCCUGCAACAUAAACUUCAAUACAUUUAAAUGUGGAUUAAAACGUUUUAGUUUUUUUAAAUUCUUUGUAACAUUAUAUAUUGGAAUGACAUGUUUGUAACUGCUUGCUUAAACUGUUUUUAUAAAUGUGCAACUUCUGAUUUGUACCAAUUUUUACUCCAGUUUGCCUUUAUUUCAUACUGUUUACUUUCACAUAUACUCUUGUUGCUGUUCGGUACAAAAAGGUACAUAGCAAUACACUUUCAUUUACUUUUUGAGAGCAGUGACAGUUUCUAACCUAAGUGGCAGAUAUAUACAGUAUAUUCACACAAUUCUGACUUUUGACUUUAAAAUAUGUCACCAAAUUAAAGUAACAAUGAUGUUAAUGGUAACCAUAUUAGUAUGUGUAAAAUUCUGGCACCACAGUAUGUGCUUCUUUAUUUGCACACUCAAUGGUUAAUGACUUAUAUCAACCAGACUCUUUGAACUAAAUGUGCGAGAAUGACCAUAUUUUUAAAGCGGCCAGGUUGGUUUUGCCCUGUAAAUGAUUGCCGCUUUAAAAAUAUUGGCAUUCUCGCACAAAGUCCCGCACAUCUGGCUUCUCGCAGGCAAUUACAUUUAGCCCCUUAUAUGUAUUGCAUAUGUAUUGCAUGGGUUAACCCAGAGGUUCCCAAACUGUGUGCCGUGGCUCCCUGGGGUGCCUCGGGACACUUGCAGGGGUGCCCUGGGUUGGUGGUCCAGGACCAAUUCAAAUUAUUCAUGGUCAAUAUAAUAGGCAAAACCAGUGCUGGUGGCUGCCAGUCAUAAAAUAUGUGGCCAAACAGUAGCAAAUCUUGUCCCUCACCACACAACUGACCCUAAGGAUGACAUAUAAAAGUAAUCUACUUAAUGUAUUUCUUUCUAAAUUUCUCAAUAAGAAAUUUUUGGCCUAGGGGUGCCGUGAAAAAAAAUCUGAUAUUCUAGGGCGCCGUGAUUCAAAAAAGUUUGGAAACCACUGGGUUAACCAAUACAUUUUCUAUGGAGUUUAUUUGCUGACAGAAUGCAGAGGUACAGCAACCCAAACAUAUCAGUCAAUCACCAAGUAGCUUUGAUCAAUCUUGAGCAAGUUAUACAAUGAAAGCAAUUGUUUGAUCGGUUGCAAUAGAUUACUGCACAACUGCAAAUAACAACUUUAUCCCCCCACCCACCACUAAGAUGGUUUAUUUUUUGUAAGAAUCUAAUCUUUUUCAAAAAUUAGCAUAUACAAUUGUCAGACACAAACAUUUAUCUUUAUCUGAUUUAUGUGCUUUCGGAUUAAAAAAUAACACAAUAAGAAAACUCUCUUUUUUUUCAUAAAAAAUAUAACACAUACCACUAUCCCACCAAAGAGUCUGACAUAUUAUCAUUACAAUUAUUAAACACACACAUUACAUUAUAGAAUAACAUAUGCAUAGAGAGUGGAGAUAAGAGUUGUAAUGAAUAUUGGGAGAUGUUGAAAAAACAAGUAUAUUUUUUGCAGAUGUUGCCAUAACUCUGGACCUUUUUGUAAUGAAUGUUAAUGAAUAAAAAAAAUGAGAUUUUUAAUAUUUAAAUGGGAAAAAAAAGAUUUAUUUAUAUUUCACUUGAGUUCAACUGUGUUCUGUCAAUAUUUGAAUGUGCACAACUGAGUUUUAUUUAAAAUUGUGCAUUACCUCUAUUUUUGUUUUAUUUUGUAUUUGAUUGCAUAAAAUAAAACCAUUCCUGGAAUGUAACAAGUGUCAUAUCUGCAGUCCCAACUGUGCUUUUAAAAUUGUUUUGUUUAAUUCAAUUAAAGUUUUAAAACUGAAAGCAUUUUGAUAGAUGUGGAUGAGCAUUUUUAUGCAUUUAUGGAAUAGACUUUUCCUCAAGUCACCUUCCAAGUUUGGUGCGUGGACUGAAAAAAUUGUAAAUAAAUUAAUGUUUCCCAUAAUGUAAAAAAAAAUAGAAAAGGAAAAAAUAUGAAAUGAAUAAAAUUAUUAAUGCAUUGCUUGUA